AUGAACACUGAGGUCUGCGGGUCUGCAGACCCACCAGUGUUAUUUACUUUUAUUCCUGUUUUUUCUUCCAUUUUUAAGGAGUGGACCUAUCCAAUGAGACGAGAGAUGCAGGAAAUAUUACCUGGAUUGUUCUUAGGCCCAUAUUCAUCUGCUAUGAAAAGCAAGCUACCUGUUCUACAGAAACAUGGAAUAACACAUAUAAUAUGCAUACGACAAAAUAUUGAAGCAAACUUUAUUAAACCAAACUUUCAACAAUUAUUUAGAUAUUUAGUCUUGGAUAUUGCAGAUAAUCCAGUUGAAAAUAUAAUACGUUUUUUCCCUAUGUCUAAAGAAUUUAUUGAUGGGAGCUUACAAACUGGAGGAAAAGUACUUGUGCAUGGAAAUGCAGGGAUCUCCAGAAGUGCCGCCUUUGUUAUUGCAUACAUCAUGGAAACAUAUGGAAUGAAGUACAGAGAUGCAUUCGCUUAUGUUCAAGAAAGAAGAUUUUGUAUUAAUCCUAAUGCUGGAUUUGUCCAUCAGCUUCAGGAAUAUGAAGCUAUCUACCUAGCAAAAUUAACAAUACAGAUGAUGUCACCACUCCAGAUAGAAAGGUCAUUAUCUGUUCAUUCUGGUACCACAGGCAGUUUGAAGAGAACACAUGAAGAAGAAGAGGAUUUUGGAAACAUGCAAGUGGCAACUGCACAGAAUGGCUGACUGAGAGCAGCAUUACAGAGUGUGAAUUUCUACUUGAGAAAAAGAAAAUACUAGAGAUAAUAAUAAUGUAAAGUGGUAAAAAUACAAGUAGUUUCUUUUCAAUUAUAUGUUGCUUCCAGACAUGUUUCUCUGCAACUGUUAAGCAACAUUUUAAGAUGUUGGACUUCUGCAAUAGAUGGCACUGAUGGUCUUACUCCUUUUUUUUUUUUUUUUUAAACACUUUACAAGUUUUAUUAUAAACCAAGAAUUUUGGACUUACAAAGAGGUAUUAUUGCAAUAAUGCACUUUUCAUACUUGAAAUUUAUUUGUAUGAUAUAAAGUUAUUACUUUAAACAAAAUGCAAGUUAGGGGGGACUUGUUUAUAAAGUUUGGGUAAUUUAUAGCAAAAGAAUUUCCUAAGGUUUGCUAAAAAUUCAUUUUUUGUUCUAUAUAUUACAUUUUUAAACAUAAUUUUACACUUCACUUUUAUGAUGGAACCUCUUACAGAAACAUUAACAAAAUGCAGGAAUCUGCCACAAUUCUUUUUCAGUAUAAUUCAGUAGAUUAAUUACUAUUUUAUUUUUUAAACUUCUUGGUCCCUUAUUAAUAAUCUUUAAAUCAUGGCCCUAGCCAACUACCCUUACUUACUUUAACAUGAUUUAAUUGCUUUCAUUCCUAUUACCUUCCUAAUUUGUUUAUUCUAUAGAAAAAAAAUAGUUUUUAUGAUAAAAAGAUGUUUUGCUCUAUAAUACCAAGUGCUUAAAAACAAGGAUAGUGUUAGAUUUUCAAGUGACUUUCCUAUUGGCAUUUCUUUGGGGUGAAAACCAAAUGUUAUAUUUCUUUUCAGUUGCCCAGCCCUUUUUUUCUUUGUCCAAGAUGGUUCUAAAUUGGAUAUAUAAUAAACCAGUGUAGCACUAUUUUUUUCCUAAAUGAAGCCCAAAAAAGAAAAGUGCCUUGCAUCAUUUAAAAAAAAAAGUAAAUUCUCAUGACCUCUAAAUUAGUAUGUAGACCAGUGAAAAGUUACCCCUUUAUUGUCAUUUCUUUUUAAAUCAUAAAUUAGUUUAAGCUGAAAGUUUGAGGUUUGAAGAAACCUUAGUAAACUGUUUGGAAUAUGGAGCUACUCCUUCAUUUUAUGUUGUCUUAAUGAGUCUGUGAGUUUGUUCUGGCUCAGAAGCUUUUCUUUGAAGAUGCAUUUAUAGGGGAUAUUGGAGGAAGUGAUUUGUGAGAAACGCUAGUGUAUUUUAAAUUAACAGUUUAAUCAGUUUUUUAAAGUCAGCUAACCCAUAUUUCCCCCGUAAUUUGCUUACACAAAGUCACUUUAUAGAAUUUCGUUCUCUGUGUUAUUUAUAUGUAUAAAGGCUGUUCUGAGAAAAGCAUUUUUGUUAAGUAUAAUGUGAGGGAAGAGAGGAGUGUUUUUAACUUUUUAUAGUUGAUGACUUUGGGUAGCACAAACAAAACUCACUUGUGUCUCAUUUUUCUCAGUCCUCUCCUGAGGUGCUUUAUUGAUGGGAAUGAUUUCUAUAUAUUCCCUUGGUUCCUGGAGGUACUAUGCAAAGUAGCCUAUUACACCAGGUUACUUGCUUUGCUUUCCUCCCCUGAUGUGGUACAGUAAAAGCUUUCUUAUCCAGCAUAGUGGGAGAGUGGAAACUAAAAUUGCUGUUAACUAAGAGUU